GAUUCACAUGGUACCCUUGACGCAGCACCCAGCAUUCAAGUGGACUGAACUGGUCCUAGAGGGAUUUCCCAGACCUGGGCUCGUUGCAACACCCAUCUCCCCCGUCUAAGACCGCUCCUGAGGCCAGAGGGUGUGCGAAUGCUGGCAGCAGGCUGGCCUGGGCCUCUGUGAUGGCAACAGGGCCUGGACGCCGAGCCCUGCUCGACGCCUCAGCGUGGAGCCCAGCCCCAAGGACCAGCGGCGACAACUGACUUUCUGGGGACGAACCGCUACAAGUACCGAGGGCACAGCCCGGCGGGGUGGGGGGCUACCUGCCUGCCUCGGCGCGACCCACCGUCCUACCCGGAGACUGGGCCCUCGCUCUGCCGUCCCGGGGCGAGGCUUCCUGCGCUGGGCCGCCGCCUUACCCAGGAGCCAACCUCCCGGGCUCCCGCCCCGGCGGGGGCAGGCAGCAGAUCGCGCCUUAUGCAACCGGCUCAGGGGAGCAAGCCGCCGCCCCGCCAGCAGCUCGGUGGUGUCCAGUCCGCACCCGGCCCGUCUGCUCCCCGCGCCCCGGCUCCGUCUGUCAAGUCGCCUGGCCGUAGGAAGAUGAGUCGCUGGAGCCACCUUUAUCCACUCCCGAUGCUGCCCUCCUGGGUACCGGGGGCUGCCGUCGGUGUUGUCUCCUUGCACCUCAUCCAGAAACUCCUCUUCCCCUAUUUCUGGGCUGACCUGAGGUACCUGCUGAAAGUAAUGGUGUAUGGGGUGACGGUGGAGGUGUACCGGCUGCAAGGGAGGAUUGUCACCGUCCUGGACAAGUUUGUCAAGCUGGCUGAGAAGCAGCCCCACAAGCCCUUCCUCAUCUAUGAAGGGAUGGUGCACACCUACCGGGAUGUGGACAGGAGGAGUAACAGGAUAGCACAGGUCUUCCUACAGCACGGGGCUCUGAAGAAGGGUGACACGGUAGCCUUGCUGAUGGGCAACGAACCGGACUUCAUCCAUGUGUGGUUCGGACUGGCCAAGCUGGGCUGCGUGGUGGCUUUCCUCAACUUCAAUGUGCGCUCCAGGUCUCUCCUGCACUGCGUCAGUAGCUGUGAGCCCAAGAUACUGGUUGUGGGAGCAGAUUUGCUUGGGACACUGGAAGAAAUUCUUCCUAACCUCCAAAAAGACGUUAGUGUUUGGAUAAUGACCAAAGAUUCCACUUUUCCAAGCGUGCAUACCCUUUUAGACAAAAUAGAGGCUGCAUCUGAAGACCCUGUUCCAGUUAAUCGACGCUCUGCCAACAACCUCAAGUCAACUGUUUUAUAUAUAUUUACUUCAGGAACAACAGGUCUUCCAAAGGCCGCAGUCAUCAGUCACAUGCAGGUUCUUAAAGGCGCUGCUGGACUGUGGGCUUUUGGUGCUACUGCAGAAGACAUCAUUUAUAUUACUCUGCCGCUUUAUCACAGUGCAGCAUCUCUUCUUGGCAUCGGUGGAUGCAUAGAAUUGGGUGCAACCUGUGUAUUAAAAAAGAAGUUCUCAGCUAGUCAGUUUUGGAGUGACUGCAAAAAGUACAAUGUGACUGUCAUCCAGUACAUUGGAGAACUUUGCCGUUACCUUUGCAGCCAGCCAGUGAAGGAAGGAGAAAAAAAUCACAAAGUCCGAUUAGCAGUUGGAAAUGGAGUAAGAAUUGAUGUAUGGAGAGAAUUUUUAGACAGAUUUGGUGCUGUUAAGAUCUGUGAGUUUUAUGGUGCUACUGAAGGAAAUAUUUGUUUCAUGAACCACACAGGAAAAAUUGGAUCUGUUGGACGCACCAAUUUCUUUUAUAAGCUUUUUUUCCCAUUUGAUUUAAUCAAGUAUGAUUUCCAAAAAGAUGAACCAAUUAGAAAUAAGCACGGUUGGUGUGAAAAAGUUAAGAAAGGUGAGGCUGGUCUUCUCAUUUCCAAAGUCAAUGCGAAGAACCCUUUCUUUGGUUACGCUGGCAGUAAGAGACACACAGAAAAGAAAUUGCUCUGUGAGGUAUUUAAGAAGGGAGAUCUUUAUUUUAAUACUGGAGAUCUAAUGGUUCAAGACCAUGAAAAUUUUCUUUAUUUUUGGGACAGGAUUGGAGAUACCUUCAGAUGGAAAGGGGAGAAUGUUGCAACUACAGAAGUUGCCGAUGUCAUUGUAAUGUUGGACUUCAUACAAGAAGCAAAUGUGUAUGGUGUAUCUGUGCCAGAUCAUGAAGGAAAAGCAGGAAUGGUCUCUCUUAUUUUAAAGCCAAAUACAUCAUUAGACUUGGAGCAAAUGUAUAAGCAAGUAGUGACCUAUCUACCAAGUUAUGCUUGUCCUCUUUUUUUAAGAGUCCAGGAAAAAAUGGAAAUGACUGGAACAUUCAAACAACAAAAAUUUCAACUGGUGGAUGAAGGUUUUAAUCCAUCUACAAUUGCUGAUCCUCUUUAUUUUUUAGAUAAUUCUAAGAAAGCAUAUGUCUUGUUAACCAAAGAAGUACAUGAGAUGAUCUUAUCUGGGAAAAUGAAACUUUAAUUAACCUAAUAAUAGGCUAUUAAGGGACAGUCUCUACAAGCUGCUGUAAGAGAAAACAGUAGCAUUGAUUAUUGUAUUUAUACGUAGUUAUCCAGAAUAAUAUUUUAUGUACUUGAUACUUACGUUCAGAUGUAUGUUGUAUCUUUCCUCACUUGAUCAUUAUUCACUAAUAAUUUUUUACCUCUUGAGACCAAUUUCUAAGUAAAUUACCUACGUGACUGAAAAUGUGUUCUGAAAAAUGUGACUGAAAUCUGUUUUAUCUUAAUUUUGGAAUAUAAAUGCUGAGUCUGGUAGUUUCUCAUAGUAAUAAGUGAACAUAAAUGAUAUGUGUUAUAAAACAAAGUAAAAAGAGACUCGACAUAUAAAGGUACCGUGACACAAGUUGUUGUUUCUAGAGAGUGAAAAUAUGCCAGGAACAUCUUUUUUAAAAGUAGUUUACAUUUCAUAUAUACAUCUGAAUAUAUUUUAAGAAAUGAAGAUUUGAUAGUGGUUGGAAGAAAAAAAUCUGCAGAUGACUUUUCUGAUGGAACAUAAGAUGAAAAAGUGUGAAGCAGAAGCCCUCCAAACACAAAACUAAGAGGUUUAUACUAACAUCACUGCUGAGAUUUUUUUGCCAUAAUCUGUGCUCCUUCAUUUGUUAAACUGGCUGUUUGGAGUGUCAAAUUCUGAAGACAGAGCAAACUUUUGUGAAAUGUUUAGCAUCAAAACAACAAUAGGCAGAGAAAAUGUGCACACUUAAUGGGGAAAAUCACUUAUAUAGCAUAAAUAGAUUUAUUACAGCACUUUGUCAUGCAUAUUGACUAACAAAUAGCUUCCUUACUCGUACUAAUGACUGCCAGAGAUUAUUAUUUUAUGAGUAUAAAAUAGAGCAGAAAUUUUAAAAUUCUACAUCGUAUGU